AUGGGAAGUUACGAGCAAACGACACCUAUGAACAAGCAGCAGGUGUUGGGCUCUUUCAGCUACUACGACAGCUCUGGGAUUCCCGCUCUCGACGACCUCACGAUCAUCGAGGGCACUUCCCCUGAUAACAAAACAUAUAAAGUCCCGGUGACAGACCUGCGAUCUCUUCCUUUGCCGCUUUCAAGCUACACGCACGAGAAGCAUGGCUUCCAAAUCGUACGCCAGCCUCUUCCGAUAUCUCCUUCGUCGGCCUCGGUGCACAACCACAAGUAUAUGACAAACAAAUACUAUCCCGCUAUGACCGAACUAUUGAGAAAGACUCUGGGAGCAAGGUGUGUGGUGGUGCGAAAACACUCCAUCCGAGACAUGCCGAGCUGGUCCGAAAUUGGUAUGAAUCCAGAGAUUGGGUUCAGCAUCGAGUCUUUGGCCCCAUUCAAUAUCGCGCACGCAGAUCAUACACCGGCCGGUGCUCGUGCGCACUUCCGCGCCAUCAAGGAGUCAAACUGGUUCUCGGAGAACGAUACAGCGGACGAAGAGUGUACAUCGCCGAAAGAGCGUACCGAGUUCUUCCGCCUGCGACGCGAGAUCAUCGAGGCCGAGGAUCGCGCUAUUGCGGAGGCUGGACUAGACCCAGAAGUGCAAGGAGAGACAACCUUGCCGAAGGGUGGCCAUUGGGACUGGGACGGCGCCAACUACGAAGGCCCGCGCUAUGCUUUCUUCAGCGUAUGGCGUCCGUUCGAAACUGUCCACCGUGAUCCGUUGGCGGUUAUGGAUAUGAGUUUGCCGGUGUCGAAAGAUGUCGAGUUCGCUCCACUAACACGAACGUAUCGCAAGCGCCCCGGGUGCGUCCCGUUUUACUAUAGUCAAAAUGCCAUGGUGAGGCCGUUGGAUGGAGGAAGGAGAGAUUCCGGUUUCCAAGACGGAGAAAACGGGGAGGCCCGAGAGCAUGCCUGGUGUUAUCUCAGCGGGCAAUCUCCAGAGGAGGUCUAUCUGAUCAAAUUCUACGACAGCGAGGCUUUGGUCCGCAAAGAGAAGGGAGAAGACGAGAUUGCGUUGCUAUGUCCGCAUAGCGCUUUCUACAUAUCAGGGACUGAGAAGGAGCCGGUUCGACGAAGCUGCGAGCUAAGGGUUUGGUGCAUCUGGUGA